GCUCCUGAAGUGAAGAGAGGCUUUCACAUGGAUGUUACACUUUGAGGGAUAUUUCACUUGGACCUGAGAAGAUUCAAAUGGAGUUUGUGAAUGUUUGUCCCUCUUUUGGGUCUCAAACCUGCAGAUGGUUUACUGUCUAAGAAACAAUUUUCUACUGGAAUUCAGAAGAGCUGUCCAGCAGAGGGCGGCCCCAGACCGAGAGUGGCCCCUGGCCCUCGAGCAGUUUGUGCGGUCAGGAUCACGCCGCUGAAGACGAUGAAAGGCUCUCCAGACCUGAUUCCUGCAGCAGGUUUGGACCCCAGCAGAGUCUGCAAAGGGAAAGGAGUCGUGACUCUGAGGGCCACGCUGGUGCACGUAGACGAUGAAGACUGCAUAACCCCAGAGCCAGGAGUCACCACACCGCCAAGCGCCUGGAGCGGUCAGGUGAAUGGAGGCGGUUCUGAAGCAGGAUUGGCUGAAGGAGCUCCUCUGCGUCUGGACAACAACGCUCUGAGCCAGCCUCAUUUGAUUGGAAGCAUCAGCAGAAAUCCAGCUUCCACAAGUUUUCCUACCCCUGUUUACCCCUCCACCAGAGCUGUGAACCCCACCCUCGUCCUGCUGCAGCACAACAGAGAGCAGCAAAAGAUUCUGUUUGGUUUGGAAGGAAUGAGUGGGAGCCCCCAGACAAAAAGGUAGACACCAGGAAGUACCGCGCCGAGCCCAGGAGCAUCUUUGAGUACGAGCCGGGGAAAUCAUCCGUGCUGAAGCUGGAGAGAACGACUCAGGAUGUAAGUCCAGAAGAUGUAGAUUUAGAGAGUGAGCCUUGGUAUAGAUUCUUUUCAGAGAUGGAGUUUGACAAAGCGAGUGCCCCCUCCUUCAGCCCCCUGGAAACAGCCUCCGACCUGCAGCCGUUCUCCUCGAACAAGUCAGCUCACAGCGAGGUGGAGAAGGACAGAGGAUCAUCCACAGGGGAGCCUGUGGCUCCAGAAUGCGACCGACAUGUUUACAAAAGUGUCCUGGAGGGCGGCGACAUUCCUUUGCAAGGUCUACGGGCUCUAAACAAACGCCAUGGCAGCUCAUCAUCCUCUAAAGUGGAUUAUAAAGGUGGGAAUGGCUAUAUAAUUUCACCCUGCUCCUCUGUAAAUAGUCGAUCGGUUCUUGCCAGUAAUGCAAUAGGUGACCAAUGUAAGAGUAAGAAGACUCUGUCUGCUGCCAAAGCCUGCAUUCCCCAAAUCCUGCCUUCUAAGUUCAAACCCAAGCUGCUGCCACCUAGUGGCGACAGCCAGGACAGCAGGACUGAAGCUGUCAGACACACCAAGGCUCACAGCUGUGAGGAUCUUUACACGGGCCGGUGUGGAACCGUCUGCGCUGCCGCAGGGGAACCGGGGAGUGAAACGGACUCAGACAAGUCUGGCUGUGGCAGUGACUGUACCGAUGGCCUCGGGAAUGACUCCCCUGCAAUCAGAAGGACCACGUCGGAGUUUUCCAGUCUGUACAGAACCAUGCAUCACAUCCAGCGGCCCAGCUCUGCAGGGUGCAGCCCCCACGGCAGCGUCCGCAGCCUGACCUCUCUGUUUGAAAAGGUCAAGGCAGAGACUGAGAGUUCAGAGGCAGAUGGCAGCGGCGGCGUUUCAAAGGACAGCGUGUCGUCACGAGUCAGCGCGUUUGAAAUGAUCAUACAGAGAUCCAGCUCGACUCCCAGCCGCUCUGCCUCCCUUCCAACCCUGCACUCCAGCCACAGUCCCAACCACAAACCUGCUGUCCUCUACAUGGGGGCUGCAGUGUCGGCUGAAGCUCUUCUAGUACCCGACACCACGUCUACAAUUGGCUGCACCCCAGAGGAGCCAGAGGAGUCAGAGGCCAAGAAACCAAGAGAAAACACAGUCCCAUCAGAGAACCACCUGACUGAGGAGGAGGCAGGAGAACUGAACGUUCAAACUGAAGCUGAAGUGGAGCAGAUCUGCAGGAAAAGUUGUCAAGACAGUGAAACAAAGAGUCCUUCAGCACAGCUUAUAGCAUCGUCUCCACACCAAAGCCAUCUCCAGCACCACCACCACCACCUCCUGCACCACCUGAACCAUCAGCUGCCCCUCAAACCGAGCAAAUGCAAAGGCUCCUGCCCUGCCUCCUACACCCGCUUCACCACCAUCCUCCGACAUGAGAGGCUGCAAGCCACAACGCAUCAGGAGAAGCCCCCCCCUUCUGAGAAGAAGGCCACUUUACCUGGAAACCUUCUGCUCAUGGGUCCUGCCCCCUUCAGACUACGAAAGAACCUGCAGUCGCACCAAACACGGAGAACGUUAGCUACCAAGGUGACCGUGAGCACCCAGAGACCCUGCACUCUGUCCACUGAGCUCAGACCUCUGAUCCCUCAGCGCCUCUCCUCCCUGGAGGUCCUGGAGAGGCUGAACAACGGAGAGGACACUGACCAUCUGAAUAACGGGCAGAACUUGGACGCCAACGGGAACCUCCUGCAGCCGCUGUCAGCUCACCGUAGAGACUCCUCCCCGGCUCACGGGGAAAACGCAGAUGAGGCUCUCAGAAAGCGUCAUGGUGACAAAGAGAAAAUUUUGGAGGAGCAGCGGCGGCUAAAGCGAGAACAGGAAGAGGCUGACACAGCAUCACGGAGACACACGGGCAUUGUCCCAACGCACCACCAGUUCAUCACCAAUGAGCGCUUCGGAGACCUGCUCAACAUCACAGAUAACACGGAGAAAAGGAAGUCUGGAAUCGAGAGAACACCAGCCAGAGCUCGCUUUGACUUCAGAGCAGAAACGUUAAAGGAAUUACCAUUUCAGAAGGGAGACAUUGUGUAUAUCAUUCGACAAGUGGAUCAGAACUGGUAUGAGGGCGAGCAUCAUGGACGAGUUGGUAUUUUCCCUCGAAGUUACGUUGAGCUGCUCCCCCCUACAGAGAAAGCACAGCCCAAGAAAAGUGCUCCAGUUCAGGUUCUGGAAUAUGGAGAGGCCAUCGCCCGCUUUAACUUUGCAGGCGACACAGUGGUGGAGAUGUCCUUCAGGAAGGGGGAGCGAAUCACGCUGAUACGCAGAGUGGACGAGAACUGGUAUGAAGGCAAGAUUUCCGGCACCAAUCGGCAAGGCAUCUUCCCCGUCACCUAUGUGGACGUGAACAAGCGGCCACGGGUUAAGAACGGCGUGGAGUACCCCGACCCCCCUGUCAGCUACUCCCCACAGCGCAGCACCAACGCCUCCCCCCAGCCUCCAAAGCUGUACCCCAAUCGUCUGACCACCUCCCCCCUGCCCCUGCCCCGCUCUGCCCGCCGCUCCGUUUCACCUGAGGUCCACGCUGUCUCCUCCGAGUGGAUCUCACUGACUGUGGGAGGUGGAAGUCCCCCUGCGGCCCCAACCCCUCCUUUGCCACCACUCCCCACUGUCUCUUACCGCUGGGGCGAAUACCUGCCCCCCCCUUUCUCUGCCAGCCCGGUGCCACUGACCACCGGCAGCCCACACUGCAUCUCCCCCAUGAUCUCACCAUCUGCCUCCCCUCUGCCCCCGCCGUACCCGCCCAGACCUAACUCUGCCACCCCCUUCCUCACGUUCACCCCACCCCAGGGGCAGGACUUGUUGUCCUGUCGCUCCCCCCAUCUGUCGCGCAGUGUGAGCCCCUCCAGCGGGCCGGUGCUGGAGGGCUGGCUGAGGGGGGAGAAGGAGCUGACAGAGGGCGAGUGCGCUGAGGGGGACAGGGGCCGAGCUGCCAAGGGAAGCAGGCAGAAUAGCCCUGCAGAGUUUGUUAAAAAUGAAGCUGACCAUGAUGGGCGGAGCUCCAGAAGCCCUGUGAUGCUUUUUGACAUUCAAGACAACAACAACGUGAACUCGUUUGCGGAGGCCGUAUGUAAUGAGAUCUUGAAUAUAGCUGAGACCUCGGUGAGGUACUGCAGCACCCUGUCCCACCCCCACAAUGACUCUGUGCACAGACUGCACCCCCACCCCAGUAAACCGUGUCUCAUCAUUUCCCAGCAACCCCAGUCCCACAGCAGCAGCCCCGAGCCCAGCCGCCUCAGCUGUGGAAUCUUCCAAGCCUUGUACAGUUACGUGCCACAGAACGAUGACGAGCUGGAGCUACAGGAAGGAGAUCUGGUCAGUGUGAUGGAGAAGUGUGACGAUGGCUGGUUUGUUGGAACAUCCAAGAGGACGAAGCAGUUUGGGACUUUUCCUGGGAAUUACGUGAAGGAAGUGAAACUGUAACUUUGGGGACUCCUCACUACCACGCGCGGCUGUUUGGAACAGGUGGAUAAACACCUGGAGAGGGGAUCCCACCGGCCUCGGGUUUGUCCGCCUGCACAUGGAAAAGACUGGGAGAGCUCACAAACCUCAGCAGCGUCUUCACACAUGACUCACUGUUUGACCGAUGUCCUCCAUCUCCAUGAAAUCUGAUGUUGCACAAACGCUGUCCACAGUUUGUCCCAGAAUACCUCAGAGUGGGUACCUGUACCUAAAGUGGACUGUGGAAGAAAGAGGAGAUUUUCUGGAUAACAAUUGAUACUUUUAAAAACUGAAGGAGUUUUUCAUAAAUGGUGAAGGUAAACCUCCCCUCAUAAAAUUUGCUUCAAAGUUCCCAUGUUUGGAUGAGCUCAUUUAGAUCUGUCAGAUGAAUGGACACCUCAGACCUGCAGGAAGUGCUCUGAUGCAACAGCUCUUCUCUGGUUUUCUGAGUCACUGUGAACUCAUCACAGCUUUCAUAACUCUGGAGCCCUGCGGUGCAUCACUGUUGCCAUAAUUUCCAUCUAAAGGUCAUCCUGCAGUUUUCUUGCAGUCCACUGCACACACAUAAACACUGAAAUGCAAGUGUUUGCUAUUUUCACCACAGCAAGCGUGUGGAGCGUGUUCCUCCUUUAGAUAUACAAACUGACAAACCUGAUUUGAUCUUUCAGGCUCCCAAAGUGUGCUGCUGACGCCUUUAGGGUAUCUGAUGGUGGCUGCUCGCUUCAGCACAGCAAGCAGGCGUGGUAGCUCUGAACUUCCUGUGUGGUUAUUCUGGAGGGUUUCAUUUACAAGAUCUUAAAGGAGACUAACCCACAAUGGCAGUUAUUUUUACUAAAAGCCAGCGAGGUGUCCUGAAAGAUUCUGAUUCUGACAUUUUAACCUGACUGACCACAUUAUGAAAAGCCUUCAAGAUUCACAUGUCACAUGUUGAGACCACAGUGUGAAUAUAAACACAGCAUGCAGGGGAAACAAACAGAGACGGACUAAUGAAAAGAGCUUGAAGAACUUCAAGAAAACAGAAGUUCUUUGAGUCCUGAAUUCAUCGGAAUGUGUCAUUGAACCUCAGUCUUCCUGCACAUCACACCCAGUAUCAGGCACCACACAUCACAUUAGAAACACCAUAUCUACUGUUUUUCUGAGCUUCUUCUUCAUCCAAACUCUUCGUGGUCGUGGUCCUCUGCUCUUUUACCUUCAGGAACCUGCAGACACUUCUCACUUCUUGUUCUGUGCUUUCUGUUUCUAAACCAAGUGUGUUUUCCAGUAAAGUCCAUUGUAGCUCUGAGAAACCCUGCAAAGCGAAUCCCAGCGUGGUGGUGAGCGCUCCCUAAAGUGUCAUCUGUUCUGAUUUGCUGAUGGUCUUUCUGGUCGGGCUCGUGUUAAACUUUCUCUGUUAGCUCAGUGUUAGCUUAUAGGCUGCUGAUCAGUCCUGUCGGGGCCUUUGUUUAGAGGCAGGUAGCCUGCAAGUUCUGUAUGAAACUAACCGUUCGCUAAAGUCUAACUCAGUACAAUCAGUGUUCCAUCAUCUCAGCAGCUCGCUGCUUCAUCAGGGUUGCAUCCUCUACAGACUACAUGUGUAAGCGAGUGUUUUCUUAGCGAAAGCUGUCAUGUGAUCCACUGUCUGUGGGUUGUUCUGCACAGCGGUCAGAGGUGUUUGGUUUCACAGCAGAAGCUUCCACAUGGUGAAACACGCUCCUCUGAAACGUCUGUUGGCCUGAACUUAAAGUUUGCAAAACUGCACAAAAAAGCUUUUAUUUGACUAAAUAUAUAUAUAUAUAUAUGAAGAGGAAAAUAACGACAUUAAUCAGAGAGAAACUCUUAUGGUUCCAUAAAACAUGAAGGGAUGAAUGUAUGAGUACAUGAAUGUGAUGCUAAUCUGUGUCAUCUAACUAACCUGCAGACUUUCAAAAGUGGCACAAGAAGGAAUGUAAAUAUGUAAAAUAGAAAAGGCCUCAGACUCGUCUCUGAGCCUGAAGGAUUUGUGGUGAAGCACAGCGUGAAGCUUUACGAAAGUCUGACACACGUCAACAUAACGCUGCCAUUUCUGAGGAUGACGAUGCCUUAUCUUACACUCAACAUUGUGCCUCAUCAUGUUUUUUUUUUCUAAAAUAUAUUCAUAGCAUUAUUUAUGUAUCAGUGUUUUAAUCCUAAUCCACAUGAUGGCAGAUUAUUGUCUGUCAGUGUUCAUGUAGCUACGAGUGUGACGCGUUGCUUCAACAUGAUGGUUCUAAAUCAUGAGGUUGGACUGAUGAGACCUUCAACCUGCAGCAGGUUUGGUUUGGUUGCUUGUCUUUGCAGUGCGGUUCCACUGAUAAUCCUAAAGAAACACUGCUGUGACUUCGCUAUUAUGCAAUAUUUAAUAAACUGUUUCAAACUCUC